AUGCAUCCCAUCCAGACAACUGGAGGUCCUAGCCUCAAUAUAUCCAUUGCAGCGCCUCCAAUAUGGACAUAUGUCGCAGGGGACACCAUAAUCGGCAGCGUGAACCGACACUCGCACAUCGUGACCCCAGACGCCAAGAUCUCACUUAAAUUAAUUGGACGCUCAAAAGCCCGUCUAAUAACAGAUGGCUACCCGUCAAAAACCACAUACUACGGCGACUGGAGGUUCUUCAAGCUGCCAUCCCAAACCUUGUUACACGGACCUAUGCACAUACCCUCACCCAGCACCCCAACCGACUGGAUCAACAUCCCCUUCUCAAUCGAUAUCCCCGAAGCAGCUUCGCUGUCAGCAGUGCGCGACCACGCACAAGUAGAGAGCUUCAUUCCUUUAGAGGCGAACACCAUCGAACAGCACCCAUUACCGGGAACAUUCUCAAGCGAAUGGAGCGGAGCCAAAGUCUGCAUCGAAUACUACCUCCAGGCGCAGCUACGAUAUAUGCGCAAUGGUUCAUGGCAGGUCGAACGCGCGACAGCCCCCAUCACGCUAGGCUACCCGACAGUAGAUGCGGACGAGAUCCGGUUUGCGUUGCAGCGAUGCAGCAUCGUGAGCCGGGUGCGUAGCCAGCGAUUGCUUCCAUCGAUGCGGGAUGUGGAUUUAUCCUUGACGCAGAAGACACAGAAGAUUCUUGGGUUAGCUUCUGUUCCUGGAUUUAGCUUCAAGAUUGUGAUGAGUGUGCCGGUCGCUAUUCAACUUGAUAAUCCAUCGCCGAUUCCGGUUAUUAUCAGGGUUAUACCGCAGCGGGACGGGAGUAGUAGUGCUAUUUGGGAUGUUGUGCAACGGGUUGAGGUUACUGCGAUCAACAUGAGUAUUCUUUCGAAGGUGGAGAUUGUUCUCAAGCCAAGCAAGGAGAGCCUUUAUAGGAACCCCAAGGAUGAGAAUGUCUUUGUUCAGCAUUUGGGUCUGGAGAAGGCGUUUGAGCAGCGCAAUGAUCCUAUUGUAACUUUUGCUGGAGCAAGUGAUGCACCGGUCGAUAUUGGGAGGUUGCUUCGGCUUGUUCUUAGACACGAUGGUCUGAUGAGUGAUGGGAAGAGACUUGGUCUUUUGGCUAGCAUCCAGCCUAGCUUUGUUACUUUCAAUACCAGGCUGAGUCACUCGAUAAUGUGGCAGCCCUCUCUUAGUAUCGCUGGAGAGACACGAACUGUGUCGAUGAUGACAGUGGCCACUGUGUAUAACAGUGCCUCCAGGUUGUGA